AUGUCGAAUCAGCUAAAUACACAGGGCGUACGAGCAGCUUGGCCACCUUCAACUAUCUCAAGGAUUCAAUUACUGGGUCUCUUUCAAAAUGAUAUCAACUUGUCAGACUCAAGAUCAGAAUCAGCUCAAUUACUUGCCAUGUUCAAAACAGCAAUAAUACUCUCGCAAAGAUAUAACAUAACUGUAGAUGAACAUCCACUCGGAUGGCACAUUGAACAAACAUGUGGCAAUGUGAUAGAUAGUUUGAAAAAAACCUGUCUUGCUGUUUCGUCAUCGAACAUAGUUGGUAUUGUUGGUCCGAGACUGUCUCGUGAAGCACACAUGAUCGCCGCUUUUGCUGAAACUAUUGGUAUUCCUGUCGUAUCCUAUACUGCUACUGAUCCUGAUCUAUCUAGUCGAAGUGCAUAUUCUUCGUUUUAUCGCACAAUACCAUCGGAUACAUCAGCUGCAUUGUCUAUUGUUCAUCUAUUCAUGAAAUUCAAUUGGACAUCGUGUGUAAUCAUUUAUCAAAAUGAUGCAUACGGAUACAGUGGUAUGAGAGUAAUCAGUGAGUCAUUCACGAGAAACAAUUUCAAAGUCAGAGAAAUGAUAAAAUUUGACAUUGCAACACGUACUAUUCAAGGUGAUCUAAAAAACUAUCUGCUCAAUAGUGGAACACGUAUUAUUGUGCUGUGGGCAGUACCGAUGUUUACGUUGAAUAUUUUACAAUAUGCUUUGGACCAAGAUGUUCUAGGCCCGCGUUUUCUCUGGAUUCUCAGUUGUAGUCCUUCAUUAGACAGUUUCAGCAAAGAAUCUUCUCAUAAAUUGGUAGGAAUGUUGACUAUCGAACCAAUAACUGGGAAUGUUUUCAAUACUAGUAUCAAUGUGUCUCUGUUACAUGCAGCCUACGAAAUAUGGCAACAAUAUGAGCCAGAAUCAUUUCCAGGAAGCAAUGAUGUUGACCAAUACGCACUAUUUGCGUUCGAUGCUACUUGGUUACUGAUUAAAUCUUUGGAAAGAUUAUGUACAACGAGCAAUCGUAAGACAUCUCGUUCUUGUAUAUCCUUGGUCAACUCAUCAUUCUGCUUCGAUCGCUACUUGAUGAAUGCUAGUUCAUUUCUCGAUCAAAUUACUUCAAUGGCAUUCAUUGGCGUAACAGGACCCAUAGAAUACAGAGUAAAUGGAACAGAUCGAAGCAAAGGUAUCUAUUAUUUUUCACAAAAUGCUCAAGUUUUAUCGGCGAGGGUAGGUUUUAUGCCCGUGUUGAAAUAUUCUGAAGAGAAUUUAUGGGAAACGUAUAAAGAACCGCUUACUAUUGUAUGGCCUAAUAAUUCAUGUGUGAUACCGAGUGAUCGUGCUACCUUAUCUGGUACUACUCUUAACAUUGGCAUAUUCAUGUCAGCUCCAUUUGCAAUCAGAGAAUAUUUGCAAGGUGAGUUCGAAUCUAGCAAAACAAAAUUAAUCGGCUAUCUACCUGACCUUAUUGAGCACUUACGCGAGAAAAUGAAUUUUAUUCCUAAUAUCACAUCGAUUCCUGGCAAUAUUUCUUAUUCAAAAGCUAUCCUUGCAUUAGAAAAAGGAGACUAUGAUAUUUUGGUCGGUGAUAUAACAGUAACCGCUACACGAAGAGAAAUAGUUUCAUUUUCCACAUCUAUAUUUGAUAAUUCACUAAGCAUCAUCAUUAGAAAACCACUGUCCGCCGAUGUAGAUCUGUUCUCGUACAUGAAACCAUUCUCAAAUGAACUUUGGAUAGCCACCUUGGCUGCUACAAUCUAUGCUUCUAUUUUGAUAUGUCUGCUAGAGAGAGGAGAAAAUGCAGCUUUACGCAAUCGAUCGAUAGUGUCUGCUGGUGUCAUGACUAUUUGGUAUUCAAUUGGUACAAUAAUGGGAUAUGGUGUCGAUUUUCACGCUACGACAGCAUCGGGACGCUUACUAACUAUUGCUUUAUACAUGUUAAGCUUAGUGCUAGUCGCUACUUAUACUGCAAACUUAGCUUCAAAUUUAACAAAAGCAAGGCCAAAACACAUUAUUAAUGGAAUUGAUGAUUUAAAAAAAGGAAAGAUACCUUCUCAACGUAUUGGUAUUAUUAAAGAGACAACUAUGGAACAGUAUUACGUAAGAGAAAUUUCGCGAGGUAGCCGAAACUUUUAUCCAGCAACAUCCCGGCAACAGAUUUUAAAUAGUCUAUUCAACGGAACUAUUGAUGCAACUAUUUUAGAUAGUGGAAUUGCAGAUUAUGUAACUCAUCAUGUCUAUUGUAAUUUAACUGUGGUGGGGGAAACUUUUGAUGAAACUCUGUUUGGUAUUGCUAUGUCGAAGAAUUGGCUUUAUGGACAAGAGUUAGAUAUGAACAUCUUGGCGCUAAGAGAGCUAGGCCACUUGGAUAUGUUGAGAAAGAAAUGGUUUCAAACAUCCAAUUGUGACAAUCAAAGUGAAAUGCUGAGUUCUAUGCGAAUUGAAUCCAUGGCUGGUUUAUUUCUCAUCUUUGGCAUUAUCACUGCUGUUGCAUUAUUACCAUUCAUUUGGAGCAAACGUUCGACAAUUAAAAACUAUUUCUAUAUGUUAACAACUCGACGCUAUACCGAACCUCAAAAAAAUAAUUUACCUACAAGAUACUCUAAUCCUUCUUCUUAA